GCCCGUAUCUGACAAAUAGUAAAUACUCGCUCUUGUCUGCCUAUGUUAAAGUCGAAGAAAAAUUUUUGUAAGCGUUGCAAAAAUAUUCAUUUACUAAAUCGUGAUAUAAGUCAAAUAUAAGACUAUACACCAUGUCCGACUGGGAUACUGUCACGAUUCUUCGCAAGAAGCCUCCAAAAGCUUCAGCUUUAAAGACUGAACAGGCUGUAAACGCUGCACGUCGUCAAGGCAUACCAGUUGAGACUCAGCAAAAGUAUGGUGCGGGAACCAACAAACAGCAUGUUACCACGAAAAACACUGCAAAACUUGACAGAGAGACUGAAGAAUUGCGCCAUGAAAAGAUUCCGCUUGAUCUAGGAAAACUUAUUAUGCAAGGAAGACAAGCAAAAGGCAUGAGUCAAAAGGAUUUGGCUACAAAAAUAUGCGAAAAGCCGCAAAUUGUAAACGACUACGAAGCUGGCCGCGGCAUCCCAAACAAUGUAGUUCUUGGCAAAAUCGAAAGGGCAAUUGGAAUAAGACUACGGGGCAAAGAAAGAGGCCAACCGCUACAGCCUCCUGGAGGAAAGAAAUAACGGAUUCCCUGGGAGGCGAAGACUACACUCCGACUUGUUUUUUUGCAUAAUAAUAUAAUGAUUCUAUCUCAUUUUUGCUGUUAAUGUGUUCUUUAGUUGACAUGUACUAAACUAACAUUGUGAAAUAUGAUGUAAGCAUUUAUUUUCCUCUAGAAUGUUCCGUAUUGCGACUGACGUGUUACCACCACGGAAAAGUUGAAUACGCAAUAUUUAUAGCUAAGCGAGAAAAAAACGAAAUCAGCGACGGUGGAAUGUGAAUGUGAUAUGCAAUAAAAUAGCUAUUUAUGAGUA